CGGUAUAGUACCAAUGAUGUGCUACAUGUUGAUGUCGCUGCUUUAGGGGUGUGUGCGUCUAGUGACCUGUAUACACAUAUAAGGAAUACUAUAGUUACAAUGAAAGGUUUCUAUGUAGUGUCCGUAUUGAUAUCAUUGAAGGGAACACAUGCGCUCCACGCCUUGAAAGAUGGAUUCCUACUGCCGCGUGAUACUGAUUUACAGUUUUCGCACAUGGGCAAGGUUUUCAACCAUGAUGACAAUCAGGCAACUACUAGUGAUGCAAGUACUAUGACAGAACCUGAAUCAACGCCAGAAUCACAUCCAACGGAAGCUGACGGUCAUGCGGAGGUUUCUGACGGCAUUAAAGGAGGUUCUGAGCGUCUAAUGGAUAAUGUGCCAGUAUCGGAUUUGAAGAGAGGUGACGAUGUACCCGUGGCUAAUACUACCAACAAUGCGGAAAAUUCUACCACAACUAACUCCAGUUCUACACAUUCAGACAAUAAUAGCAAAACGGACCAGUCGCAGACACACCAUAACGUUGUGAAGCAUGGCAAUUCCAACUAUCGCGGUGACACAUCCACUAACGUCACAAAUAACUUUUACAAUCCUGCUGCACCCGGUGACGCUGUAAACGCUUAUUCCAAAGAAGCCAAGCUGGAAUUACAAUAUCUUUGGAAACGGAUAAACGUAAUUGACGAUAAACUGGAUAAACUCAUGCCACUGGUUCGGGGUGAUCCUCACCUAGAUCCAAACAACAGAAAAGGAUUAGUCAUAACCUUCGAUGCACAGUCAGAUCCAGAUAAUCCCACGGUAGACUUGGAAUGACAGCAUAUCGACAGCGGAGUACAACACUCGGGCUUUGAUGGAUAUAACAUCCAUCGCGCUACGCUCGCUAUCACGUUUAUUAUACUACUGUGUAGUAUACAGCAUCAAUAACGAUGAAG